AUGGGCCAGCGCUUCAAAUCGUCGACACCAAUAGCCCCAUCCUCUUUGUCGUACUUUUGCAUGGGCUGCAUUGUGAUGGACGGGAUGGCGGCGAUGCAUGUGGCUUCGGAUUGGUUUGUCAAGCAGUCCACGCAGUGCUCUGGGCCCGCUAUGAGAUGGCUUGCUGAUACGUCUCCCACGGGACUCGUGUCGCACGAUCAGAACGGAUGUAAUAUUGUUGAGGCUUUGCAAGCGAGGAAGACAAAGACCUUUAAUGGGCCCCGUGCCGGUUUUAGGCUGCGGUGGUGUAUUGGUCUUGUUGGUACAGCGCGAGCGGACUUUCCCUUGCCAGCGAAGCUGCCGGGGAAUGUGGGUGGCGGUUGGGAUUGA